AACAAAUGAGACCUGUUUUCAUCAUGUUUGUCUGUUUUUAAAAGUAAAAUCCAUAUUUGCCACGUAUUGGAAUAAUCUAAACUAUUUCUUACCUCUUAUACUAUAGAACUAAAGAUGCUUUAACACUUGAAUGCUCUCUUUGAUGUACUUAACACACUGGAAACGAUGGAGAGAGAUGAUGAAAAUGAUCAGAUUUUGGAACGAGUUCAAGCUGAUAUGGCCUCUGCAGAUUUCCAGUUCAGUUUGCUGGUGGCAGCAUUGUCAAGUUACAGACAUGACACAGUUCUAAGGCCAUUUCCUUCAAACUUCAUCAAUAGAGGGAAUAACAGUAAAGAUUACCAGGGAUUAGAACAAACGGUUGACCGAAGUCCAUCCUUGCGGAGCAUUAAGAGUAUAAGUGAUGUCGAUGACAGAGUGAAGGACCUCCUUUCAUGGACAAUAAACAACAAAACACUUUCAUUGUGGAGUUGUGGCAAACAAAAGUAUGAUGAAAUUAAAUCGCUGACAGGAGAAACCGUUUACACACCUCCGCCAGACUAUGUGUUCGAAGUCCGUUACAACGACCAGAUUAAUGCAAAGUUUCAAGAACUGCAACAAGAUUAUGAUCUGAAAUAUGCCUAUCACGGGAGCAGGUUGGAAAACUUCCAUUCUAUUCUCCACAAUGGUUUACAUUCACAUAUGAAUAAGAAUUCCUUGUUUGGUGAAGGGACGUACUUAUCGAGUGAGCUGUCAGUGACCAUGCCGUAUUGUCCGACUGGGAAGGCUUGGGGAAAAAGUCAGAUUGGCGAUCAGCUGGGAUGUGUAGCUGUUUGUGAGAUUAUCGACCAUCCUUCUGUCAAGUGCCAAACUGGUACAAGCAAUGGUGCAAGUGGUAGUAACCAGCAGAGACAGAGAUCUAGAGUCGCCGGGAGUAUGGGAGGGGAUGUCCCAGAGAAAUAUUAUAUUGUGCAAAACAACGAACUGCUGAGAAUCAAGUAUGUCUUGGUAUACGCACAGCAUAGUCAAAGAUCGUUCAGGAAUUCCUGGUGCUAUCAGCAUAGGUUUGCACUUCUGAUGAUGUCAUAUGUUGUGAUGCUGCUUGCAGUGGCUCUCCUUUCAAACAAGAACCUCAAUGCUUACCUCAGAAGAAUGUGGAGAUGAAAGGUUACCAGAGCUAGCCCGAAUUACAUGUAGUUGGAAACCACUUAUGACUGAGGACAUGAAACUCUUUAAUGUGAUGGCCAACUUAUGAAAUGAGUCAUUCCUUCAGUGUGGUUAUAUCUUCAGUUGUAAAUACUCUCUUGUGGGUAGUUGUACAAACUGUCUUUGGGUAUAAAAGUUGUAAAGUUGUUUGUAAAUACUUCUGUAUGUGUCAAUAAUUGUUCAUAAAGGAUUUUUGGGGAUGAAUGUAUCUUGUCUUCAGAUGCAUGGUGCUGCCUAUUUGAAACUUUAGGUACCAUCUUAAAUGAUAGAAGGUUUAACUGGUUGAACACAUCAUUUCAAAGGGUUUUGCUUGAAAUAGGAUCCAAUGCCACAUUGAAGUUUUUACUCAAUAAACUUUAUCAAAUCCGAUCUUAUCAGUAUAAUAACAAGAAUUAAUGAACACCUUUUGGAAACUUUUGCAAAUAUAUUACAUUGUACUUAAUUGGUGUACAUAUCAUGGUAUACCAGUAUCCCUUUAAAAAUAUCGUGCUUGACACAUGCAUUUUGUCCCAGGUCGGAGAACUCAAUAAAAAAAACAAUUGUGAAUCAUUUAUUCAUGUAACAAUAAUAAAUGAUGGUAUAUUAAAUGUACAA